AUGAGAGGAGAAUCAGGAAAAGACCUUGAAGCCACCAAAGCUGGGAGCAGAAAGAAGCUGUGGGAAGAAACCAUGCAGAAGAGCCUGGAAGACAAUGUCCUCUCUCCAGAUGAGCAGCGCCUGCAAUUCAAGCACUUCUGCUAUGAAGAUGCCCAAGGGCCCCGAGAGUUCCUGGCCAUCCUGCCCCCGGAGAUGGAGAGCUGGGUCAGGGAAUGCGGGCCGGAAACCAGUUCCCAGGCGGUGGCCCUGGCAGAAGGCUUCCUCCUCAGCCAAGCAGAGGACAAAAAUCAGGACCUGCUGGAUCUGGUGAACUUUGAGGAAGUGUCUGUUCAUUUCUCUGAGGAGGAGUGGGCUCUGCUGGAUCUGGACCAAAGAAGGCUUCACCAGGAAGUCAUGGCAGAGAAUGGUCAGAAUGUGGCCUCUUUGGAGGCUGAUGGACCCCAGAACAAGUCUAAGGAAGACCCACAAGAUCACUUACUGGAGAAAAAACAGCAGCAAAAAAUAAUCACUGCAGUAAAACUGGAGAGUUGGAAUGAAUCAGCUGUUCAGAGUGCUGAAUCUGAGGUCUUUGAUAAAUACCAAAGAAUUAACACAGGGGGAAAACCUCAUAAAUGGUUGGAGUGUGAAAGGAGCUCUUCUCAGAAUUGCAUCCUGGCUCCUCAUCAACAAAUUCACAUAGAGGAGAAAUCGUAUAAAUGCGUAGAGUGUGGAAAGUGCUUUUCUGGGAGUGACACCCUAUCUGCUCAUCAACGAAUCCACACUAGGGAGAAACCAUAUGAGUGCUUGGAAUGUGGAAAGAGGUUUUCCUCAAGUUCACUUCUUACUAAACAUCAGCGUAUCCACACAGGGGAGAAACCAUAUAAUUGCCUGCAGUGUGGAAAGAGCUUUGCUCAGAGUUCUCACCUUACUAUCCAUCAACGUAUCCACACUGGGGAGAAGCCAUAUAAAUGCCUACAGUGCGGAAAGAGCUUUCCUCGGAAUGACAGCCUAACUGCUCAUCAACGAAUCCACACAGGGGAGAAACCUUAUAAAUGCUUGGAUUGUGAAAAGAGCUUUGCUUGGAGUUCACUGCUCACUAAACAUCAACGUAUCCACACAGGGGAGAAACCAUACGAAUGCUUGGAGUGUGGGAAGAGCUUUACUUGGAGCUCAGAACUUAAAUCCCAUCAACGUAUCCACACCAGGGAAAAACCGUAUAAAUGUUUGUAUUGUGAAAAGUGCUUUGCUAAGAGUUCAGAUCUUAAAUCUCAUCAGCGUAUACACACUGGGGAGAAACCAUAUGAAUGCUUGGAGUGUGGAAAGAGGUUUGCUCAGAGUUCACAGUUUAAAUCCCAUCAACGUACCCACACUGGGGAGAAACCAUAUAAGUGCUUGGAGUGUGGAAAGGCCUUUGCUCAGAGUUCAUCCCUUACAGCUCAUCAACAUAUCCACACUGGGGAGAAACCAUAUAAAUGCUUGGAUUGCGAAAAGAGCUUUGCUCAGAGUUCAUCCCUUACAGCUCAUCAACAUACCCACACUGGGGAGAAACCAUAUAAAUGUCUGGACUGUGGAAAGAGCUUUGCUUGGAGUUCACUACUUACUAAACAUCAACGUAUCCAUACAGUGGAAAAACCAUAUAAAUGCUUGGAAUGUAGAAAGAACUUUUCUCAGACUUCAGAUCUUACUACCCAUCAGUGUAUCCACACUGAGAAUAACCUGUAA